AUGGUGUUUUCUGUCUCCUCUGCAGCUCUGAGAUUCGUGAACAGUUCUGAGAAAAGCACUGUGAUUGAGUUUGUUCUCCUCGGCUUCCCUGGUUGUCAGGAGAUGCAAAGUUUCCUCUUCUCAUUGUUCUUUGGAGCCUAUAUAUUUACCAUAAUGGGAAAUGGGACCAUUGUCUGUGCUGUGACAUUGGACAAACGGCUCCACACUCCAAUGUAUAUUCUCCUAGGGAACUUUGCAUUCCUUGAAAUUUGGUAUAUUUCCUCCACUGUGCCCAGUAUGCUAGUCAACUUCCUCUCAGAGAGGAAAACUGUCUCUUUUGUUGGCUGUCUCCUCCAGUUCUACUUUUUUACUUCCCUAGGUACGACUGAAGCAUAUUUCCUCUGCAUCAUGGCAUAUGACCGGUACCUGGCAAUCUGCCGCCCAUUGCACUACCCCACUAUCAUGACCCAACAACUUUGCUAUAUCUUGAUGUCUCUUUGCUGGGUGUUUGGGUUUCUUAGUUACUCUGUCUCUACUGUGCAACUCUGUCAAUUACCUUUCUGUGGGCCCAACAUCAUCGACCAUUUUGUAUGUGACAUGGACCCACUGAUGGCUCUGUCUUGUGCCCCAGCUCCUAUCACAGAGAUUAUCUUCUAUAUCCUGAGUUCUGUCAUUAUCAUCCUCACUCUUUUGUACAUCUUUGGCUCCUAUACACUUUUAUUGAUAGCUGUGUUAAAGGUCCCUUCAGCAGCUGGACGGCGAAAGGCCUUUUCCACCUGCGGAUCACAUUUGACAGUGGUGUGUUUAUUCUUUGGGGCCCUCUUGGUAAUGUAUGUGAGCCCCACAGCUGAUAACCCAGCUACAAUUCAGAAGAUUACAACUUUGUUCUAUUCUGUGGUAACUCCAUUCUUAAACCCUUUGAUUUAUAGCUUACGAAACAAGGAGAUGAAAGCUGCAUUGAAGAAAGUCUUGAGGCUAGAAUGA